AAAAAAAAUUACGAUGAAAAAUGCUUUAGGAAAAUAGAAGUUAAAAAAUCGUUAAUGUUUCUCAAAAAAAAAAACGUUAUAUGCGAUGCUAGCUUUAUUGCUGAUGUGAAAUGAAAAUGCGUUUCCGAAGCGAACAACGGAAAGAAUUAUGAAUAAAAAACAAAAGAAUUAGAAAUCGGAAAAUUAACAAACGAAAGCUCUGUGGCAAACCCUAAUCAAUGUUUAAUCAAGUUCGCAUUCGAUUCCCCAAAUUCACAAUUUAGUUCUUUAAAGCAUCUCUCUGGUUUUCAUUUCAAGCUCAGGUUCAGAUAACUUUGAAGUUUCAUGGCAGGCAAUGGCCUGCCAUCUUUGGGUCGUGUAAAGCUCAGUGAUCUUAUUCCAUCUGAAGGCCUUCCUUCUGAUUCUUACAAACUCUCAGUCUCCACCUUGUCUCAGUCACUUGCCCAAUUUUCUGCUGCCAUUAUUCAGUUCUCGGCAAGCGAUGGGGCUCUUCUGAGAUCCGGUUUGGAUUCUGCUCGUCUCUACUUUCAUCAAAGACCAUCAUACCCUUCUGCGGAUAUGAUUCAUACCAACGAUCGUGAGUGGUGCAAGACUUCUGGCUAUUAUGCUGAUCCUCAGUUAUACCAGGAAACCUAUGAUUAUAGACCGGGCUUGACUCCUGCAGAGCCUAAUAAUGGAAUUGAUUAUAAACCUAUGGAAUUUCCUCCAGGAGGAUUGCCUGACAUAUUUGCCUUGCUUGGAAAGGCAGCUAGGGAUAUAUUGGAUGCUAUUAGCUUUUAUUUAAACUUGCGUAGCUCUCCUUUUACUGAAAUACUUGAUAAUGUUCCUUUAAGAAGUAGAGAAAUUUCUUCUUCCGUGUUGUCUGUAUGCUGUCAUGCUAGACCAUCAUUUCAGGGAGCACAACACCAUAAUUUAACUGCUCAAGAGGAUGGUCAGUUGGUUAUGUAUCCUGAUCAUGAGAACCAGGUUGAUAAGAGCUUGAUAUCUCUUGUUAAGUCAGAUAAGGCGGGCUUACACGUAAGAGAUUAUCAUGGUAGGUGGGUUCUUGUGGAUGGUGAUCUUGGCCCUCAGGAAGCUAUUGUUUACCCUGGACUUGCCUUGUAUCAGGCAACUGCAGGCUAUAUAAAUCCUGCAUUGCAGAGAACGGAGAUCAAUAACGUGCAGGGGAACAUGUAUGGGCGCUGUUCUUUGGCUUUUAAACUUAUGCCAAAGUCUAUGACAAGUCUAAGUUGUUCAGAGAUGAGAGCAGCUGGUCACGGUGUUGAAGCUCAGUUCCAGUUACCUGUGCCAGUGGAUGACUUCAUGCAGAGAUCUCACCCGCCUGAUCAGCUCUUUAACAGGCAUAGUUUCCAGAGUUUCAAUUUCCCAACAUCUCAAGAAGGAUCUAUGAAGCCAAUGAUGAAGAGAAGGAAAAAUAAUUCAAGAUGCAAACCUCUGCCACCUUCCAAGAGACUAAGGCUUGAGGCCCAAAGAGUUCUGAAGGAAAGAGUUCAAGACAUUGCAGAUAAGAAGGGCGUCAAGCUAAGGUUCUGCAAUCUGAAGGAGUGUGAGAAUCACAUUCAUGCCCUUGAUAGCCCUUGUGCCAAUAUUAGAUUGGAGAUUGGGUGGCCUCCUGGAGUGCCAUUUGUUCAUCCCCAUGAUUUGCCUAACAAGGCAAAGAUUGGAUUCCUUGAAGCAUAUGAGCCUGGGUGGACAGCAACUCAUGGUAUGGAGUUAAGUCUGACCGAACCUGGACAAGGCAGUCAACAUUCAGCCAACUGUACCUGAAUCAGUUUCCAUGUUUCCAAUAUGCAGGGAUCCUUGAUCAGCUUCUGAAUAGCAUGCUCUUUGGAGGGGGGGUACACUAUACUGUAGAAGAAUGAAGAAAUAACAAUCAUGCAGAUAGUUUGAAGCCUAAGGGGAGACAGCUAGGAGUCUAAUUUGUGAACCUUAUCCAUAGCAGCUGCUGCAGACUUGACACAACCCAUGUUUUCUCCAGGGUACGAGAGAAAGAAGCUCCUGUUAUAAUAAGAACAAAGCUGCAGUUUGUCUCUGUACAAAAAUCUGUAGGAGUUACAUUCGCUUACAAACCUUUCCAACAGCUAAUUUUUUAAAUCUUUGCAGUGUUCGCUUAUGAAUUUUCUGUAGCUGGUUACAGGUCUGUGCAAAUCUUGUAUGCUUGUGACAUUCAGAUUCUAGUAUUCUAAUAUGAAAACAUUUAACAGGGGGAAGUUGUGUACUUAGCCAGUGGGCUUGUCAUGUCUGUACAACGAGCAGUGUGUAAAUGAUGAUUCAGUUCUAUUUCUUUCAGUUUCAAUCUAAUAGGCUUUGAAAA